AUGGCUACAAUUGUUCAAUCUCGCACAAACCAGGCCAAAGAUACUAUCUCAUUUCCCAUCUUGACCUAUUCCGAUGCAGCGCCCGGUGACGAUCUUCGAAAUCUUGACAACGCCUCCCAAAGGACAUACGAGCAGGGCGUCGUGACACAGCAGGACUUCCGUCGACCCCAAACAGCAGAUACCGGCAUCGACAGGAGGCCGGGUGCUGGCGCCACUUUUGAUUUUAGGUUGACAGCCCCACCAGACGAAGCAAUUCCUUCGAGCGCCCACUCGUGUGGGAGCCCACUGGGCCCAAAGAUGAUAGGUAUUGCUCUAGGAAGCCCUGGCAUGAUAGAUUCUCAACCCGGUUUGCCUCCGCCAAGUUUCAAUACUUUCAUAUCUGCAGAGCCACAGCCUGGACAGUCAUUGCCGCGGAAAUCAAAGUGGAAGAAGAUUGGAGGACUCUUCAGGGCCAAGAAUGCGCUUGCAUCGCCGACCCAGGCUGUUCGGCCAGACUGGGAAAGAACUUCGAGGCCCCAGGAAGUGCCCUUGGUAAACUUGCAGCAGAUGAAAAGGCGAAAGGCCUCGUUUGAGGAAUGGCCACGGAUUCAACCCGACCCGAAAUCGCAGACCGACAGCAAAUAUUCGAGUCCCCAGCGAAGUCGCAAGUUUUCUUCCUCGCGUGAAACACCAUGCGGAGAUAAGUUAGAGAGCCUGGGGCCACGCCUCAAUGUCAACAUCCCGGAUAUUCAAAUGGAGCGGUACAGUGUGAUGUUCAGCAGCGUAAUGAACAAGAACCAGAGACCCAACCUGCUGGCCAGGCGAGCGAAGACUCUGGAUAGCCUGAAUGUACCAAGCCAUAAGGAAUUUCUCGCUUCCUCGGCUAAGCCGCCACCGCUUCCUAUACGACGCGCAACUUCGCCCGCACGAUCAAGCUUUACACUAUUUCCGACAGCGCAACCUUCCAAGGCCGCGCAGGUCCUUGGUACACAAACCAUUCCUCAGAACUUUUCUCGUCGGCCUAGCCCUCGUCUGCGAUCGAAUACUAAUCCUGUAGAGAAUCCGUCAAAAUCACCUCCAGAGCCACCUCGUGGGAUUCCUGGUGAUAAUAACAUGUCGUCUAAUGGGUCGCCUUUUGUCGGAGAUAUUUUGAGUUCUCAAGCGAAUACCCCACGAUCAUCAAGUUCCAAUCUUCGAAAAGAGGACAAGCCGCUUCCAGCUAUCAAGUCCGAGCAGCCGACUCGUCUUCGAUCACGGAAGAUGUCGCCUCAAGACAUUCGAGCAGCGCAGAGCUCUCUUCAGCAGCAUCAAUGCGCUCUGCAACCAGAGGACAAGCCCCCAACAAAGGGAAGUUCUCGCCGGAAGCGACCGAAUCUCACAAUCAACACUGGGCAAGAACCACCGCCACCGCCCGAGAAGGAUGCGAAAGACAAGUCCUCAUCCAAGUCAGCACUUCAAAGCGUUGCGUCUGCUCCUAGAAUCACGGCGGAUCUGAUGAUGGUUACAGAGUCUCCGGAGGUUUUGGCCCCCAAGCGGAACCCAUUACGGGUGAAGAUCUCAGCGUCCCCUCUGGAGAGAUUCGAUCCCAAAUCGAAUCCAGUGCAAUCGAACAUUAUAGCAUUCCCAGUUGAAACGUCGGCUUCCAAGGCCAUUGAAACAUCAGAUCCCAACCCGAAUUCACUACUGGCAGAGCUGCCCCAAAGUCCACUCGUGGCUGAGCCCAAAAAUUUGGACCCCAAGAAAGCUCAGGACCUUCUCCCAAUUAUCGAAGUCUCUACCGCUCGCUCUAUCUCCGUGAAGAGAGGCAAGGGGACGCGUCAGAUGCUUGUUCCCAUCGGGGCUCGGGUAGAUAAUUUCAACUCGACUGAGCGCUUCGUCGAUCGCAAGACCUUAACUCCGCACAUUACCGAUGUGCAUCAUGGACAUAAGCAUGCCAGAUCUCAGGAACUGCAGAUCGAGUCUCUUUAA